AUGGAGCAGGAUUAUAAAUACCUCGGUUGGAAGGAUUUUGGUGUUGACUAUUUGGAGAAUAAUUGUGACAAAGUCAGAAAAGUACGCUUCGCUUCAUGGUUCGGCUAUACAAUUAACGCAAAUAGCGGGCGAUAUGGUUCUAUGAGCGACACGUUUCAAAUAUAUAAGCUGGCUUGCGAGAAAGCUUUACGUCGCUCUGCCAAAUCUAGUAGCAUUCUACGAGAUGCUUAUGAAGGAUUUUCUAAGGUUCCCGACAACAAGCAGAGAACGCAAUAUAUAUCAACGGUAGAGGCUAUGGAAUCAAUGGUUGACCUAAACUACUAUAAUUUCGUUUUAGAAAAGCUUAUUACCGGCACUAACAUAUUUUAUACGUUUCAGGUUUCUCUUAAAUUCGUAAGCCCAACAGAGGAGAAUCCUGUCUUUUCAAACAAGAAAAAAAUUGGGAAACGAUUGAAUGAUUUAUUCCAAGAUGAGACGUCCCGUUCGUUGCUAUUAUAUGAGUUGAGGAACCUCUUUGAAUCCUUUGACGCCAGCAAUAUUGAAUGGAACGAUCCACUCAGCUUUGGUUGCAUUGUUGAUCGAAAUUCAGACAUAAUUUUUGGAAAGUUGCCAGAAGAGCGAAAGAAGAAUUUGAGAGAAAUCAUAAAUUUGGCAUAUGAUCAAUACGAAACAAGCCCCGUUAUUUCCGAAUUGGUUAAAGUCCUUUUAGAAAAAUCAAAGAGCUUGAAUAAAAGGGAAAUGAUGGUUUCACUCCCACCUAUACCAGCAGAUUUCCAAGGAAAUGAUGAGGAAUUUGAAGACAUAUGCGUGAUGCAUAGGAUCAUAGACUCAGUCCGACAUAUCUGGUGCUACUUUAACGAUGAAAACAAGGCUGAAUACACUGAGGGGACAUAUAUCGUCCGCAUAGUAUCCAACUUUCUUGAUCCACUGUUUUGUUAUGAAAAUACAAACUUAAAAUUAUCUGGUAAAGUUUUAGAUAAUGUGGCUGAAGAAGUCUCGGAGGCAUCUCAACGUCGGAUGGAUGAUUCUGGAGAAAUCAGAGUUGGACACAAACCCGAUUUUCGUGUGAAGUCUCCACUGAUUGCUGGUGAAGUGGAAAUCUGUCUCAUGGAGGCAUCACAUGUUCUCCCAACCGAUAAAAAGAUUCGUGAUGAUUGGGAUAAGUUGAUCAAGCUUAUGAAAGAUGCUCAUGUGCGAUUACUGAGGAAGCUCACUAGAGGGAGGGUUGGGGACGUGAAGGAAAUAGAAGAAGAUCUUAACAGGGUGCCAGUUUUUGGUAUCCAAGUUGCUGGAGGAACCAUGGCAUGUUGGGUUAUGACUAUGCCAUUUGGAGCCUUUUACUUUGUUCAACGUCUUGGUUCAGUGCAAAUUCCUAUGAAUCGAGGCCAAUCUUCACUUGCCGGAUUUAUGGAUGAAUUAUGGAAGUUAAGGGCGUCUCUACGAAACCAUAUUCGCACCCUUAAUGAGAUUGUAGAAAAAGUUGAUGCGUCUUUAUAUAACAUAGCUUUUUGUUCACCACAAGCUCGGGAAGAUAUGCCCCUUUACGAUGGAGAGUUAGUAACGCCACGAUCGCCAUAA